UUCGUUUUGAAAAUGCCUUCAGAGGAUUGCAAAAAGUAUGAGAACUUCCUGCCGCUCAUUGGAGACUUUGGACCCUACCAGAGGCGACUGAUGUUUUGGAUGAUGCCCGCCGCCUUUCUGUUUGCAUUCACCUACUUUGGCCAGAUAUUCAUGAUACACGUGCCCACCGGUCACUGGUGCCGGAUUCGAGAACUGGAGGGGCUGCCCAAGGAGGAGCAGAUCAAGCGGGGAAUCCCCAUCGGGAAGGAUGGCGAAUUUGAGAGAUGUCAUAGGUACAAUGUGCCCUUUGAAUCGGAUACGAGUGAAGAGACCAAUCAGACCAGGACCAAAAUACCCUGCAACGAUGGUUGGGUGUAUGAUCCUGACGAGAUGCCCUACGAGUCCAUCGCCACCCAGUACAAUUGGGUGUGCGAUAAAGACGGGUUGGGCACCUACUCCGUCAUGGCCUUCUUCAUAGGCUCCAUUGUGGGUUGCCUCUGCUUCGGAUACGCCGCCGAUCACUGCGGCCGCUUGGUGGCCCUGUUCCUGGCCAAUUCCUGCUCCAUGAUCGGCGGCUGCAUCUCUGCCCUCUGCAAGGACUUUUACUGCUUUGCUGCCAGCAGAUAUGUGGUCGGAAUGGCCAUGAAUAACUGCUUCCUUCCCAUUUAUAUCCUAACUCUGGAGAACGUUGGCAUCCAAUACCGCACUCUGGUGGGCAAUUCGGCUCUGGCCAUUUCCUUUACCUUGGGCGCAUGCGCGCUUCCUUGGGUUGCCUAUUUCAUCCGAAAUUGGAGACAUUAUGCCAUGGUCGUUGCACUGCCCGUGAUACUAAUGAUAUUGAUGAGCUUACUGCUUCCCGAGUCACCAAGUUGGCUCUUUUCGGUGGGAAAGGUGGAAAGAGGAAUGGAGGUGCUGAAAGAGGCAGCACAGAGCAAUGGAAAAACCAUUUCCGACAAAGAAUGGUCAGAGAUGCAGCAGUGCCAUGAACAGAGUUUCGCCAAAGAGAACUCGGGUAAACAUUACACUAUUCUGGAUCUCUUCAAGACCUUUCGCAGAUUUGUCGUUACUUCGAUAUUGAUUAUGUGUUGGAUGAUUGUGGCUCUGGUGUACGAUGCCCAUGUUCGCGUCGUCUCCUUGUUGGAUACCGAUGUAUUCAUUACCUUUUCACUUUCCUCGCUCGUUGAGAUCCCGGCUGGAAUUGUGCCAAUCCUCCUGCUAGAUCGUGUUGGUCGCAAACCCGUAAUGGCAGCCGUGAUGCUGUUCUGUGCGGUAUUUAGCCUUUUGGCUGGCUUAUUGCAAAGACAAUGGGAUGUGGCAAUAGCGGCAAUUAUAGCCAGGUUUUUCGUCACAAUCGCCUACAAUGUGGGCCAACAGUGGGCCUCUGAAAUCCUGCCCACUGUGGUGCGCGGUCAGGGAUUGGCUGCCAUCAACGUUAUGGGUCACACAGGUGCCCUCAUAUCGCCGAUUGUCAUCUACACCCACCGCUAUUACCGUGCUCUACCCAUGUUCAUAAUCACAUUGCUCUCGGUGAUCGGAGGUGUGAUAGUCUUUAUUCUGCCGGAGACCAAGGGCACUGUGCUGCCUCAUACGAUGGACGAAUCGGACAAGCGAUGGACGCUACGUUGCAGAGAACGACAAAAUAAUUGA